UAUUGUUCACGUUUGCCUUAAAGGAGUCGUUUGAAUUUGAGUAAAUUGAGUUUUUGUUUUCACCUUCAUAAGUGCAUCACGUCAACUUUUUUCCUACUCAACAACAACUGCUAACAUAUCUACCUACAUAUAAAAUUCGAGGAGUCAAUCAUGGUUGGUUAUUGGACACUGACAUCCUUACUCCAACAACAAAACUUUGAAAAAUUUGCCAAAGAAUUGAAAAACGACCUACAGUUUGGACAACUGGAUGUUAAUUACCCAUACGACUGUCCUGUUCUUGUUGCUCUACUCCAUAUCGCUUGUCAAUCAAAGGGAUGCCAUAAAUUCGUUGAAAUCUUGCUUCAGCAGGGUGCGGAUAUCAAUCAUCCCAGCGAGGGAGAAUUUUCCAGAACAGCGAUUCAUUUUGCGGUAGAAAACGGAGAUUUAGAAACGCUAAAACUUAUAUUGAAUGAUCCCAAUUGCAAUGUGAAUAUUCUGUCGAAACACGGGUACUCAGCCUUGCAUUAUGCAGUCGAACGUAAUGACAUUGAGUGCAUAAAGCUUCUCCUACAGCAUUCACGUAUUGAUAUUAACAUAGUCGGUUAUGCUGACCAAACACCUUUACAUCUGGCUUUAAACAAUAAUCGCAAGAAAGCAAUCUAUGGGCUAUUAGAACACCCAGAAAUUGACUUGGAUACACUUAAAGAUAGCUGCAGUCACACCUGUCGUCAGUUAAUCAACUCAAAAUACCCAGAAUUUGUUUUUAAAUUGUCCCAAAUAGGUUCCUGGAAAGAUGAAAGUGAAUACUUAUUUUCAUUAUUGUAUAACCUUAACAUAGACAAAUUUCGAGAGCGCGUCAUGAUUUCUAAACCCAAUUCAAAUGAUCAUGAUGGUAAAUACACGUACCUGCAGUAUGCUUGUCAUCACGGAUUGUUGGAAGUGGUGGAGAUACUCUUGAUGGCAGGAGUUGACCCUAACCAACACUGUCCUAAUUAUAACAUUACACCAAUUAUGAUAACAAUAAAAAGAGGCUAUCAUGCUAUUUUGAAAGUGCUAUUAGAAGACCCAAUGGUCUCACAUGAACCAGUUGCUCAGAAGACAGUGUUCCAUAUUCUGAUUGAUGGGAUGAUUGCUGUAAAAAAUCUACCAGUGAAUGACAAUCCGGAAUCUGAUCAUAUUAAAUGUUUCCAAUAUCUUUUAAACAGUAAAUUUUCUUCUCAAUGGAAUAUUAACUAUCCAAAGAAGGAGGGAUACACUGCACUUCACUAUGCCAUUCGACUGAAUGAUGAAAAAAUUAUAAAUGCCCUUUUACGUGCUGAUGUGCAAUUCAAUUUGGAUAUGAAUCUCCCAGAUGAUGAAGGAAACACUCCACUUCAUUAUGCUGUUAUAUUGCAAAAUGAAGAAAUCAUAAAAAUCCUUUUAGAUGCAGGGUCCAACUUCAAAUUGGAUAUCAAUCUACCGACCAAUAAUGGAAAUGCUUCGCUUCAUUUAGCUAUCCCAGAGAAGAAGGAAAAAAUAGUAGACUCCCGUACAGCUACCAGAGACGAAUUUAGAUUGGAUAUUAAUCGCCAAAACAAAGAAGGUAUCGCCCCACUUCAUUAUGCUGUUCAAUCACAAAAGGAACAAAUCCUAAAAGUCCUUCUGGAUGCAGGGUCCAACUUUAGUUUGGAUAUCAACCUCCGAAACAAAGAAGGAUUAACCCCACUUCAUUAUGCUGUUUAUUCUGAAAAUGAAAAAAUCCUUAAAGUCCUUUUCGAUGCAGGGUCCAGCUCAAAUUUGGAUAUCAAUCUCCAAAACAAUGAAGGAUUAACUCCACUUCAUUAUGCUGUUUAUUCACAAAAUGAAAAAAUCCUAAAAGCCCUUUUAGACGUAGGGAGUAACUUCAAAUUGGACAUUAAUCGGCAAACCAAUGAAGGAAACACUCCGCUUCAUUUAGCUAUCCAAGAAAAGAAGGAACAAACAGUAAAAGCUCUUCUAGCUACCAGAGUCAACUCUAGUUUAGAUAUCGAUCUCCAAAACAAUGAAGGAUACACCGCACUUCAUUAUGCUGUUCAAUCACAAAAUGAAAGAAUCCUAAGAGACCUUUUGGACGCAGGGUCCAACUUAAAUCUGAAUAUCAAUCACCAAAACAAUGAAGGAGUCGCCGCACUUCAUUAUGCUGUUCAAUCACAAAAUGAAAAAAUUCUGAACAUUCUUUUGGAUGCGUGGUUCAACUUUAGGUUAGAUAUCAACCUCCCAAACAAAGAAGGAUUAACCCCACUUCAUUAUGCUGUUUAUUCACAAAAUGAAAAAAUCCUAAAACUUCUUUUGGAUGCAGGGUCCUACUCAAAUUUGGAUAUCAAUCACCAAAACAAUGGAGGAUUAACCCCACUUCAUUAUGCUGUUUAUUCACAAAAUGGAAGAAUCCUAAACGCCCUUUUAGAUGAAGAGAGCAACUUCAAAUUGGAGAUCAAUAGCCAAACCAAGGAAGGAAAUACUCCGCUUCAUUUAGCUAUCCGAGAGAGGAAGGAAGAAGUAGUAAAAGCUCUCCUUGCUAAAAGAACCUACUUUAGUUUGGAUAUCAAUCUCCCUAACAAUGAAGGAUUCACCCCACUACAUUAUGCUGUUCAAUCACAGAAUGUAAAAAUCCUGAAAGCUCUUUUGUAUGCAGGGUCCAACUCAAAUUUGAAUAUCAAUCACCAAAACAAUGAAGGAUUAACCCCACUUCAUUACGCUGUUUAUUCACAAAAUGAAAACCUCCUAAAAGCUUUUUUAUAUAAAGGGUACAAGAACUACAAUUUGGAUAUCAAUUGUCUAACCAAAAAUGGAAAUACUCCGCUUCAUAUAGCUAUUCAAGAGAAGAAGGAAGAAAUAGUAAAAGCUCUUCUACUCGUAGCUACCAGAGCCAACCUUAGUUUGGAUAUCAAUCUCCAAAACAAAGAAGGAUGCACCCCACUUCAUUAUGCUGUUCAAUCACAAAAUGAAAAAAUUCUAAUAGUCUUUCUGGAUGCAGGAUUUACCUUCAAUUUGGAUAUCAACCUCUCAAACAAUGAAGGACUAACCCCACUUCAUUAUGCUGUUUACUCACAAAAUGAAAAAAUCCUAAAAGUUCUUUUAGAUGUAGGGUGCUACCUCAAUUUGGAUAUCAAUUGGCCAACUGAUAAAGGAAAUACUCCGCUUCAUUUAGCUAUCCAAGAGGAGAAGGAAGAAAUAGUAAAAGCUCUUCUAGCUACCCGAGCCAACUCAAAUUUAAAUAUCAAUCACCAAAACAAUGAAGGAUUAACCCCACUUCAUUAUGCGGUUCAAUCAGGAAAUGAAAAAAUCCUAGCAGCCCUUUUAGAUGUAGGGUGCAUCUUCAAUUUGGAUAUCAAUCUGAGUACCAAUAAAAGAAAUACUCCACUUCAUUUAGCUAUCCGAGAGAAGAAGGAAGAAAUGGUGAUAGCUCUUCUUGCUACCAGAGCCACCUUCAGAUUGGAUAUCAAUCACCAAAACAAUGAAGGAUGCACCCCACUACAUUAUGCUGUCCAAUCACAAAAUCAAAAAAUCCUGAAAGAUUUUUUGGAUGCAGGAUCCAACUCAAAUUUGAAUAUCAACUUCCGAAACAAUGAAAGAUUAACCCCACUUCAUUAUGCUGUUAAUUCACAAAAUGAAAACAUCCUAAAAAUUCUUUUGGAUGCGGGGUCCAACUUUAGUUUGGAUAUCAACCUCCCAAACGAAGAAGGAUUAACCCCACUUCAUUAUGCUGUUAAAUCACAAAAUGAAAAAAUCCUAAAAGUCCUUUUGGAUGGAGGAUCCGCCUUCGAUUUGGAUAUCAAUCGGCAAAACAAUGAAGGAAAUACUCCGCUUCAUUUAGCUUUUGGAGAGAAGAAGGAAGAAAUAGUAAAAGCUCUUCUAGCUGCUAGAGCUAACUUUCCUUUGGAUAUCAAUAUCCAAAACAAUGAAGGAUGCACCCCACUUUAUGGUGCCAUGUCUUCUGGAAAUGAAGGAAUCAUAAAAGCUCUUCUAGAUGCUGGUGCGCAUGUUGUUCAAAAGACUCAUCAUGGCAAAACACCUUUGCAUUUAGCUGCAGGUUCUGUACUUAAUGAGUACUUGGACAAAUGUAUAACUACUAGUGAAAAUGCUCCCACACUUCCGCAACAUGAAAUCAUAUUUGACUACAGUAUAAUUACUCAUCCUAAACAGGUAUCUUCAGUCACAGGAAGCGUAUUAAGCUAUGUCACUGAGAUGGAAGCUUUGCAGAUUAUGGCUGAUACUACAGAAUUGAGGGAAGUUCUCAAGCAUCCGGUGUUGCUGAGUUUCUUGAGUUUGAGGUGGUACUCUGUUGCUAUAUACUUUUAUAUUUGCUUAAUUUUUCACUCGAUUUAUUUUAUAUUUCUCACUACUUAUAUUUGCUGCAUCAAUUGUUCUUCAAGUGACCAUAACACUAUCAUAUCACAUAUCUCCAUCAAUUGUUCUGAAUACCUCAAUAGUACUCGAUUGACAAAUGAUACUUCCAUUAAUUGUUCUGAAUACCUAAAUAAUAUGGACAAUUUCAUGACUAACGAUCAUAUUUCACUAGUUGAUGUUUGUCUCUGGUAUGUAAUGACGGUCUUAUGUAUCAUAUUUGCUUUCAUGGAACUGUAUCAAUUUUAUGUCUCUCCUCGGAAAUAUCUCAGGUCAGCUGAGAACUGGCUAGAAAUAUGUUUAAUAUGCUUAACAUUGGUUCUGCUACUGCUCCAGAUAAAUUUUGAGUGCCAACACAAGCUCUCCUCAAUUGUCGUCAUGUUUGCAGGGAUGGAUCUAAUGCUUUUAACCGGCCGGCAUCCGUUAUGCUCCUCUUAUAUUGAAAUGUUCAAAUCUGUCUGCAAGAGCUUUCUAAAACUCCUAGCUUGUUAUUUGAUUUUGAUUUUAUCGUUUGCACUAAGUUUCUACUCGCUAUUCAAAGAUGCGCCUCACAACGACCAUUUCAGAGAACCUGCUGUGGCCAUUAUAAAAUCUAUUGUCAUGUUGACGGGAGAAUUCGGUACAGAGGACAUCCCUUUACGUACAUUCGACCUCAAUUCUAGUAUAGGAUAUUUUUUAUUCAUCUUGUUCAUCUUCCUAAUAGCCAUUGUGUUGUACAACCUGCUGAAUGGAUUGGCUGUCAGUGACACUCAAGCUAUCAAAUCUGAUGCAGAAUCGGUAGCAAUUGUCUCAAAAAUUAAAUUGAUAUCAUACAUUGAAGGUAUAGUCAUACCAGACUUUUUCAAGUGUCUUAAUUUUAUAUGUAGUAUGACAAAGUUAUGUGAAAGAUGUAGACGCAACAGAGAUACAAAUUCAUUUCAGUAUACAUUUCCGGACGGUAAAAUAUAUGUUAGACCCAAUAUGAACAACACUGUGCGUUUACGAAAGCAUGAUUCAACAGAUGACACGAGUCAAAUCAUAAUCGAUUCGCAUAUAGUGAAACAUGCUAAGAAAAUACUAGAAAAAAAUAAGCAACAGGAAAAAGAGGCUGAAGAACGCAGUUCUCAGAAACGUGAGUACAACUUGAAGCUGGAAAAUAUUGAGAAACUAUUCCAAGAACAUAGUAAUAAAUUGAAAGUUGUUGAGAAAUUAUCGCUAGAAUAUAGUUCUAAUUUGGAAACUCUGAAGGAGAUGAUGGAAAUUUUGAAAUCAAAAUAAACAAUAAGUGAUAUGUAGGUACCUACUUAGACAGUCUUAUUCGUUUAGUGACCUAAUGUUACUUGAUACCUACUAAAAAAAUUAUUCACAAGAUUCAUUUUCAACAGAUUAUUCAAUUCGAUUUUUUUGCGAGUAGUUGUAGUUACCUAAUGCCUAACUGAGAUGUUGGAAUACGGAGUUUAACGCGCUCUUUUGUACAAUUUUGUAAUCUAAAAUUUUCCCUAUUUAGACGUUGACUGCUUCUCCGGUCACGUUUUUGUUACUUUUAGUUUCUAGUUGUUUCUGUACAAUGUACAUAGUAAGUAUGUUUAUAGUUCGUUGUUGAAUAAAGUUGGAAAAUGG